AUGCUGAGGCCCGCCACUCCUCUGACUGUUUUGCUGCUCAUAUCUUUCGUUUUCCUCCUGCUAUCGGUUCUGUCCACGCCCGUCAUCCAUAGCAUCCCCAUCGCAACCUAUCAAGGAGUUAAUUUUGGCGUCUUCGGCUACUGCACACCAUCAAAAUGCAGUGGCAUCAGAGUGGGAUAUACAACUGAUGGCCUCUUCCCCACCGGACAAACAGACUUCAACCUUCCCUCUUCGGCCAGACACUCGUUGUCUUCUCUCCUCAUCGUCCACCCUGUCGCCGCCUUUUGUAACCUGGUCUGCCUGGCACUGGCAGCUGCUGCUCACCUACACUCUCCCUCUCAUUCGGCGCGCUAUCUUCUAGGCCUCCUCAUUCUGCUGCUGCCAACCCUGCUCGUCACUUUACUGGCUUUCCUGGUCGACAUACUGCUCUUUGUGCCGCAUUUACAAUGGGCCGGAUGGAUUGUCCUUGCUUCCACCAUUCUCAUAGCCGCUUCGGGUGUCGUGACAUGUGCUAUGAGGCGAACCCUUGUCUCUCGGAAGGCGCGUAAGAAGAGAAUUGCCGAGAAUGCUGAAAUGAGUGGGGAGAAUUUCUACAAUCGACAAGCACAAGAGUCGAAGAUGGUCGCGGAAACAUUCACCGCGGAGCCUACUAUGCCUAUGGUUAAUGGCUCUCCGGGUGCAGAUAGGCUGCCCACCUUUGCAACCUUUGAUGCGAGCCAAAAGUCCGACGAAGAACGCCAACCCCUCAGGGCGCAAGCUCUGUCCAACGAACCCACUCUGGUGACCCCUUCUCGCGAUGGUGCGUCAGAUCGAUACUAUGGGCCUCCAUCUAGGUCUAGCAGUCGACCACCUUACAACGGACCACGAGAUCAACUCGGAAAUCCUCCUCCCCCGCCGCCGCCCGGUCCGGACGCAGCCAUGGUACCUGGACAAGGCAGAAGAUCUGGCGACGAACCUACUCCCCCUAGUCCUUACCGUGAUCGCAGUUUGCCACCGCCGGGCGGUCGAGGCUAUCCACCGCGCGGCAGAGGUAAUUAUCCGCCGCGGGGUGGCUAUCCUCCUCGAGCAGGUGGUUUUGGCCCCAGAGCACCGCCUCCCCCACAAGGCUAUCCUGGCAGAGGUGGAUUUUCGACUGACAUGAGAGGAGGAUACGGAGGGCGUGGUAGAGGUGGAUUUCCCCCAGGGGCUCCCGGUGGCUCGGGCAUGGCUGUUGGAGCUAUGAUGGGUGGCGGACCACGACGACCACCCCCAGGAUAUCCGCCCAGUGGAGCUGAUAGUACCUCAGAGAGAUACACUCCGCCGGACGAAUAUCCAGUGACAAUGGGUCCGCCGCUACCUAUGGGACCAUCGCAACAGUACAUCGAAGACAAUGAUCAGAGGUAUGAUCUGAGAAGUCCUUCGGUCUACACUCAAGGAGGUGAGGAACUUCAAGGUCAAUACGGAGCAAGUGCGCAGUCUCCUGGAAGGGAAAGGACGUCACCUUAUGGCAGUCGUUUCCAAUCCCCUUCGGGUGCUCUCCGUCGACCAUCCCCGCCUCCGGCGAUGCCUCCACUGCCAACGACUCAGCCCGUGGAGAUGGCUGGCACUUCGAUACGUGACUUCAACCCCCGGCGGUCGCAGAGUCAAGACCCCUAUGUACCUGCGAGGGCUAACUGGAACAAUAUGUCGGUUGAUGAUAUGGGGCACCCGAGGUCACCUGGAAGACAUGGUCAAUCUCCUGUUGAGCUCCCUACAAGUGGGAGUCACGUAGGAGGUUAUAACGGCCAGCCGCGUAGGCCCCGCGUCAACUCUGGCGGGAGUGAUGUUUACUACGAGGAUGUUGACCCACGGUUUGCUUCUGAUCCAGAACCGCCAAUGCCGCAACACCUUCGGGUAGAAGAACGGAGCCGGAGACCACCUCCUCUUCUCACUCCUGGUCCACCCGGCCAUUACCGACCCGACUCAUACAAUGAGAUCCCCCCAACAAACUCGUACGAGGAACUGCCUGGUGCCCGAUCUCCGGCGGAAAGCGAGAACAGCAACUUUACGUCUGUCAGUCAGCGUGGGAUAAAUCCCAAUUGGAGGCCUGGUAAUGGCGGAGAGUUCAACUCACUGGGUCCCGCGAGGAGGCGGGAUCACCAGACGAGGCAAGACAUGCUACUGGCAGGUAAUCCAGACUUUGAGCUGCCCGGUGCGAUGGGACCUCCGCGACUUCUGAUGCGAGGGCGUGGCGGAAGCUCUGCCAUGAGAGGCGGGAUGAUGAGGGGAGGACCAGCUCGUAUCCCACCAGCAAGCGCCGUGGGCGGAAGUGGCGAUGGCCCCUAUCCCACCCCCAUGGGACCACCGCUACCUGGAGGCCCGAUGGGACCGCCCGGGCCCGGACCCGGACCUGGAAUCGCACCGGGACCAGGGAUGGGAAUGGGAGGGACGAGGGAGAUAUGA